GAGAGAGAGAGAUCAGAUAAGGGGACUAGUGACAAGGAACAGGAAGCACAAGUUGAGGUUUGUUGUUGGAACUUGGAAGUGGAGGAGAAAAGCCCUUGUGUUAUCUACUUACGUCCCUUCUCUAAAUCUGUUCAUAGCCUUCAUUCUGCGCUUCCUGACUCUCUGUCUCUCUUUCUGUGACCAGAAAAGACCCGGAGCUGAGAUUCUUGCGUCUUCUGCAUCCGGGCCUCCAAUGGCGACCUGGGUCUUGUCAGAAUGUGGCCUCAAGCCUCUUCCUAGAAUAUUCUACCCUCCGCUCAGAAAUGGGCUAGCAUCAAACACUACCUUCCCUUCCAAGAUAAGGCCGCCACCCAUUUGUAAAAAAAGCCUCUGUGUUGGUUCUUCUUUGAGACUAUCAAGCGGGCUUAGAGGAAACAGUUGGUGGGCACUAAAUGUGAGUGCGCCAUUGAGGGUCCCGUCUGUGGGAGAGGAAGAUGAAAAGAGCGAUCAGAGAGUUAAUGGGGUUGAAGAUGAUGGAGAAUUCGACCCCGGUUCACCUCCUCCUUUUCGGUUGGCCGAUAUCCGAGCAGCCAUUCCAAAGCAUUGUUGGGUUAAAGACCCUUGGAAAUCAAUGAGCUAUGUUGUGAGGGAUGUGGUCGUGGUUUUUGGUUUGGCGGCUGUUGCGGCUUACUUCAACAAUUGGAUUGUUUGGCCUCUGUACUGGAUUGCUCAGGGGACCAUGUUCUGGGCUCUCUUUGUUCUUGGCCACGACUGUGGUCAUGGGAGCUUCUCUAGUAAUCUUAAUCUCAAUAGUGUUGUGGGGCAUCUCCUUCAUUCUUCAAUCCUUGUCCCCUACCAUGGAUGGAGAAUUAGCCACCGGACUCAUCAUCAAAACCACGGACACGUCGAGAAUGAUGAAUCGUGGCAUCCAUUGCCCGAGAAGAUGUACAAGAAUUUGGAUUAUGUCACCCGAUCAUUGAGGUUCACCUUGCCUUUUCCAAUGCUGGCUUACCCUUUCUAUUUGUGGGUUCGAAGUCCUGGAAAGAAGGGCUCUCAUUACCACCCCAACAGCGAUUUGUUUGUCCCAAAUGAAAGAAAAGAUGUUAUCACCUCAACUGCUUGUUGGACCGCAAUGGCUGCACUUCUUGUGUGCUUAUCCUUUGCAAUGGGUCCUGUCCAACUGCUUAAACUCUAUGGCGUUCCCUACUGGAUAUUUGUAGUGUGGCUGGAUGUAGUCACUUACUUGCAUCACCACGGCCACGAGGACAAGCUUCCCUGGUAUCGUGGAAAGGAAUGGAGUUAUCUGAGAGGAGGACUUACAACUCUUGACCGUGAUUAUGGAGUAAUCAACAACAUCCAUCACGAUAUUGGGACCCAUGUGAUCCAUCACCUAUUCCCCCAAAUCCCACAUUACCACUUAGUAGAAGCAACGGAGGCAGCUAGGCCAGUGUUCGGGAAGUACUACCGGGAGCCGAAGAGGUCCGGUCCUCUCCCAUUUCACCUAUUGGGAACCCUUAUAAGAAGCAUGAAACAAGAUCGCUAUGUGAGCGACGCCGGAGAUGUUGUAUAUUACCAAACAGACACACAACAAUAUGAACCUGAGGCAUCAAAAUGACGUCGUGAAGGUUUUCAAGUAUAGCAAGUGAAGCCUACCAACCAAUUGAUUUGUGUCACUUCUGACAAUUGUUUGUCUCUGUAUCACCAGUCAUCACUCCUAUAAAAUCAUCUUUGUUUUGCAUAGGUGAAUGCAGCCUGUCCAUUGUACCAUUGACAUGACUAUCACAGUAUGAUAAAAUUCUGAAAAAAAUAAAAAAGAAAAAGGCAU